AUGGGCCAGCGACAUAACCGACGCCGUACUCGUCCCCGUUCACACCGUGCCAAUUCCAUUGACGAAGCCUCUGCAGCUGCCUUGACUGCUGUAAUUCCGCCUCCUGGAUCUCCUGUGGCAGUGAUAGCAACAAUCUGGAGCCCUCAACCAACCUCUUGCGUCCAUCCAAGUUCCGCCACUGCAUGCAUUUCACCUGGAUCUCCGGUUCUGGCAGCCUCCGCCCCAACUUGGCACUAUGGGUCUACGGACUGGAAGAUCCCUGAAACUACAUCGCAGUGGGAUGGGGAGGGAUUCGAGGCACAGCGAUGUCGAUUGUUCGGCGGCGAGCCGGGCGAUGACGUGAGCCUCUGCUACCGCAUGCUGGAGUACUUUGGUGGGCUCGACUAUAUUGAUUCAUCAAGACACAGUACGCUGGGAGAUUGA